ACUGUUACGUUUAGAAAAAUCGAUUGACGGGAUGCCCGUUCGAGUUGUUUGUCCAACUUGUGACCACCAACGAGCCAGAGUUGCUAGUUGCUGGUCAUUUAUUUCACCACAGUCACUUUUGCAUAAAAACACAUUUUGGACAAAGGGUGCUUGUAGAUUCCUACCACAAUUUUGUUAUAGUAGUUUCUUUAAUAGUGUUUUUAGUCCAGACAGAAGUUGCAAAAGGGGUGUUGCUCGAAUUGUUCUUGCGUCUUUACCCACUUUUGAUGAAUCAAACUCUAGUUAUGUUGAGCCAGCAAUCGAAAAAGAGAAUACCAAUAAUAAAGCUGUGGAGAAUGGCGCUGAUACCUCGGCAGUCUAUUGGGAGGCUCCAGUUGCUCCGCUAAGUAGUGGUAAAGGGGGGUUUCUACCAUAUGAAGUAGUAUUUGUUCAAGUAGGUGAUAGAAUUUGGUCAUUUGAAACUGGAAGGUUUGCAAGGCAAGCAGGAGGCGCAGUAGUCGUUCGUGAUGGAGACACAAUGGUUUUUUGUACGGCUUGUACGGAAACCAAAAACAUCAAGACCACUGAUUUUCUACCUUUCCGAGUGGAUUAUUUCGAGCGUUUCUCAUCACUUGGAAAGACCAUUGGAGCAUAUCAUAAGCGAGAAGGGAGACCUUCAGAUUUGGAAAUUCUCAUUUCACGUUUGAUAGACCGGCCUUUGCGUCCUAUGAUUACUGAAGGCUAUUUUUAUGAAACUCAAGUACUUUCCAAUGUUUUUUCUUAUGAUGGCGUUCAUCUACCUGAUGUAUUGGCUAUUUGUGGAUGUUCUGCAUCUCUUGCACUGUCUUCGGUGCCAAUGAAGAAAACCGUAGCUGCAGUUCGAGUUGCUAUCGAUAAGGAAGAUAGCAUUGUUAUCAAUCCGGAGAAUAAAAUAUUGUCUACAGCAAAACUUGAUUUAGUAGUAUCGGGUACUGUAGAUGGAGUUUUAAUGGUAGAAGGUGGCGCCGAGUUUGUUUCGGAAGACACUCUUAUGACUGCAGUAGAAGCAGCACAUUCUUCCAUUGUCAAAAUAUGUGAAGCCAUUGAUUCUUUGGUAAAGCGUGCCGGGAAAGCCAAGUUUCCAGGAAAGAUCAUAGUUCCUAGCGAACAGAUGAUAUCGCUAGUUGACUCGUUGGCUGGAAUAGAACUGGAUCAAGCAUUAAAUGUUUUUAGCAAGAAAGAAAGAGAUGAAGCAAUUGAACGGAUAAGGACACAAGUGAUAGAUGCUGCUAUUUCCAGAUGGAAGGAGAAUGAUUGUACUGCUCAUACUAUAGAAGAUGAUGAUGAGUACUUUGAUGCCAAGUUAAGGAUGAGUUGGAAGAAAGUGCUGUCUUCACGUAUGAGACAGUUUAUUUUGGAUAAACAGAUAAGACCGGAUGGGCGAGAUCUUGAUACGAUAAGACCAAUCGAUAUUAUUCAAGGCCCUUUACUACGAACGCAUGGAUCUUCAUUAUUUACCAGAGGAGAAACUCAAGCUUUGGUUGUGGCUACUUUGGGAGGUGAAGAGAAUGCGCAGCAUUAUGAGACUUUGGAUGGUGAAGUGAAGUCGCGUUUCUAUUUGCAAUAUUUCUUUCCUCCUUUUUCUGUUGGAGAAGUCGGCAAGUUGGGACCACCGGGAAGACGAGAAAUAGGCCACGGUAGACUUGCUGAAAGGGCAUUGGCUCCUAUUAUUCCCUCAAGAGAAGAGUUUCCUUAUGUUAUUCGAGUGGAAAGCAACAUUACUGAAAGUAAUGGUAGUUCUAGUAUGGCUUCAGUUUGCGGUGGAUGUUUGGCUCUAAUGGAAGCAGGUGUUCCUAUUCGAAACCCAGUUUCAGGAGUUGCAAUGGGAUUGAUUGUCGAUGGUUCCAAGGUUGCCAUUCUCACAGAUAUUUUAGGCAUUGAAGAUGCUUUGGGAGACAUGGACUUCAAGGUUGCUGGAACAGCACAUGGCGUAACUGCUGUACAAAUGGAUAUGAAGAUGGAAGGUAUUGGAAUGGAUGUACUUCGUCAGUCACUUUAUCGAGCAAGGGAAGCGAGAGGCAAAAUCCUCGAGAGCAUGCUGAAUAUCAUGCCGAGGCCAAAGCCAAAUCUUCCGGCAUCUGUUCCUCGUAUUUGUGCUUUACAAAUCCCCACAAAGUCAAUUGGUGAGUUAAUUGGUCCUGGAGGGAAGCACAUUAGAAAUAUUAUUGAGGCUUGUGGAGGAGAAGCUCUAGUUUCCAUUUACAUUGGUCAAGAUGGCUUGGUUUCUAUAACAUCCUCCGAUGAGGACACGCUUAAAAGGGCUGUUGAUAUGGUGGAGAAUUCAGUGAGGCGUGUGGAGAUUGGACAGGAAUACAUUGGAAGAGUUACUCGUAUUCUACCAUUUGGAAUGUUUGUAGAAUUAUUCCAAGGCAAGGAAGGCUGGUGUCAUAUUUCAGAAGUUGGAGUAGAACGUGUAGAGUCUAUUGAUAAGAUUAUGAAAGUUGGAGAUGAAUGCAAGGUUAGAGUAAUCGAAAUUGAUGAAAAGCGAGGAGUUCGAGUGAGUCGUCGGCUUCCCUUGUUAGGAGAAGAAGUGGAGGAAGAAUUGGAAAAACAAGAGUUGGAACAAAAGCAACAACAAGAGAAUAAUGAAGGCUCUAGUGAAGGAGAGUCCAAAGAUAAGGAAGGGGGGCAGCGAGGAGGCGGACGUUCAGCUGGUUCUCGUAUAAGAAGCGAUUUACAAUCUCGGAAUACAACUCAAGAUAGAAAACCAAGAGCAUUUCAUACGUCUUAUCGUCGUCGUUCUACUACAGAACUACACAAAAAUAAUGGAUUGAACAAGGAAAGCAUUGAAGGUUCAGAGUCUGAUUCUUCCAGAACUACCAAAUCCUCUGACGAUGAAACGAAUCAUUGACCAUUGGACAAUGAGGUGUCUGAGGUUCUCACAGUUUUCGUAUCAGUCGAAAAUAUCAAAUAUAUACAAGAAAUAUCACAUGAAUUGU